AUGACAAAUUCAACACGUGAAGAGCUACUCCUGAGAGCACUCAAGGAUCUGGGAGACAAUGAGUUAAAAGAGUUCAAGUGGUACCUGCAAAAGUCUGAUGUCCUGGGACGCUUCCCAAUAAUCCCAAAGAGUCGACUAGAUAAGGCCGACAGGCCAGACACGGUGGAUCAGAUGCUGCAGACGUACUGUGAAAAUGUCCUGGAGGUCUCCAAAAAGGUUUUGAGGAAGCUAGAUAGGAAUGAUCUUGUGCAAAUUUUAAUAGACCCAAAUGCAGAGCCAGUAACAGAGGGUCUUGAUGAGUUCCAGAAAAACCUCAAAUCCAACCUGAUGAAAAAAUUUCAGAAUUCAGCUGAAAUUUUUAAAAAAGGAGGAAAAUCUAAGGUUCAAAAUGAAACCUACAUAGAGGUCUUCCUGAAAAUAGAAAACAGUCAAGAGGUCAACAAGGAACAUGAGAUCAGACAGAUUGAGAAAGCCUCCAGGAAACCAGACAGACCAGAAGCAACGGUCCGAUGUGAAGACAUCUUUAAAGGCUCACCUGGAAGAGCUGAACCAAUCAGAACAGUGCUGACAAAGGGAGUGGCUGGCAUUGGGAAAACAGUCCUAACACAGAAGUUCUCUCUGGACUGGGCUGAAGGCAAAGCCAACCAGAACAUCCACCUCAUAUUUCCAUUUACUUUCAGAGAGCUGAAUGUGCUGAAAGUGAAAAAGUUCAGCUUGGUGGAACUUGUUCAUCACUUCUUCACUGAAACCAAAGAAGCAGGAAUCUGCAGCUUUGAUGGGUUCAAGGUUGUGUUCAUCUUUGAUGGUCUGGAUGAGUGUCGACUUCCUCUGGACUUCCACAACACUGAGAUCCUGGCUGAUGUUACAGAGCCCACCUCAGUGGAUGUGCUGCUGAUAAACCUCAUCAGGGGGAACCUGCUUCCUUCUGCUCGCCUCUGGAUAACCACUCGGCCUGCAGCAGCCAAUCAGAUCCCUGCUGAGUAUAUUGGCACAGUGACAGAAAUGAUAGGGUUCAAUGAUGCUCAAAAACUAGACUACUUUAGGAAGAAAUUCAGAGAUGAGAAGCUUAUCGGCAGAAUGAUCCCUCACAUCAAAACAUCACAGAGCCUCCACAUCAUGUGCCACAUCCCAGUCUUCUGCUGGAUCACUGCUACAGUUCUGGAAGAAAUGCUGAGAGCUAAAGAGAGAGAAGAGCUGCCCAAGACCCUGACUGAGAUGUACAUCCACCUUUUAGUGGCUCAGGCCAAAGUGAAGAAAGUCAAGCCCCAGGGAGGGACUGAUGCUGAUCCACAGUGGAAUCAAGCAACCAAAGAAAUGAUUUUUUCUCUGGGAAAACUGGCUUUUGAGCAGCUACAGAAAGGCAACCUGAUCUUCUAUGAAUCAGACUUGAAGGACUGUGGCAUCAAUAUCAGAAGUGCCACAGUAUAUGCAGGACUUUUUACAGAGAUCUUUAAAGAGGAGAGAAGACUGCACCAGGACAAGGUGUUCUGCUUCAUCCACCUGAGUGUUCAGGAGUUUCUGGCUGCUGUCUAUGUCCUUAUGACCUUCAUCAACUCUGGACUCAACCUGAUGGAAGAACAACAAACAACAUCCUGGAUGUCUAAACUUUCAAGACGUAAAUCUAAUAUCUACCAGAGUGCUGUGGACAAGGCUUUACAGAGUCCAAAUGGACACCUGGACUUGUUCCUCCGCUUCCUCCUGGGUCUUUCACUGCAGACCAGUCAGACUUUCCUACAAGGCCUGCUGACACAGACAGGAAGUAGCUCACAGGAAAUAGUCCAGUACAUCAAGGAAAAGCUUGAUGAUGGUCUCUCCCCUGAGAAAAGCAUCAAUCUGUUCCACUGUCUGAAUGAACUGAAUGAUCGUUCUCUGUUGGAUGAGAUCCAGAAGUCAUUGAGUUCAGGAAGUCUUUACACAAAUGAACUGUCUCCUGCUCAGUGGUCAGCUCUGGUCUUCAUCUUACUGUCAUCAGAAAAUCUGGAUGUGUUUGACCUGAAGAAAUACUCUGCUUCAGAGGAGGUUCUUCUGAAGCUGCUGCCAGUGGUCAAAGCCUCCAACAAAGCUCUGUUGAGUUAUUGUAACCUGUCAGUGAGAAGUUUAAACAUUCUGUCCUCAGUUCUCAGCUCACAGUCCUCUAGUCUAAGAGAGUUGGACCUGAGUCACAACGACCUGCAGGAUUCAGGCGUGAAAAUGCUUUCCACCAUACUUGAGGGUCCACAUUGUCCACUGGAAACUCUCAGGCUGAGUGGCUGUAACUUGUCAUGGAGAAGCUGUGAGACUCUGUGUACAGUUAUCAGCAUCAAGUCCUUGAGUCUGAAAGAACUGGAUGUGAGCAACAAUGACCUGCAGGAUUCAGGAGUGCAGCUUUUAUCUGCUGGGCUGGAGAGUCAUCACUGUAAACUGGAAACUCUCAGGCUGUCAGGCUGUCAAGUCACAGAACAAGGCUGUGUUGCUCUGGCCUCAGCUCUGAGCUCUAACCCUUCCCACCUGAGAGAACUGGACCUGAGGUACAAUCAUCCAGGAGACCAGGGAGUGGUUCUGCUUUCUGGUGGAGUGAUGGACAAACAAUGCCGACUGCAAACUCUCAGGCUGGGUGGGUGUAACCUCUCGGAGAGAAGCUGUGAGGCUCUGUCCUCAGUUCUAAGCUCUGAGUCCUGUAGUCUGAGAGAGCUGGACCUGAGUAACAACGACCUGCAAGAUUCAGGACUAAAGUUUCUGUCUGCUGGUCUGGCAAGUCCACACUGUAAACUGGAAACUCUCAGUCUGUCAGGCUGUCUGAUCACAGAGGAAGGCUGUACUUCUCUGGCCUCAGCUCUGAGCUCCAACCCCUCCCAUCUGAGAGAGCUGGACCUGAGCUACAAUCAUCCAGGAGACUCAGGAGUGAAGUCGCUGUCGGCCGGACUGAAGGAUCCACGCUGGAGACUGGACACUCUCAGGGUAGAGCCUGCUGGAGUCCGAUGGCUGAGACCAGGUCUGAGGAAGUAUUUCUGUGAACUCAACAUCAACACAAACACGAUGUACAGAAAUCUGAAACUGUCUGACAGAAACAGGAAGGUGACGUAUGGGGAAGGUGAUCAGCCGUAUCCUGAUCAUCAGGACAGAUUUGAAUGGUGCACUCAGCUGCUCUGCACAAAUGGUCUGACUGGUCGCUGUUACUGGGAGGUGGAGUGGAGAGGAAAGGUUUAUAUAUCAGUGAGUUACAGACGAAUCACAAGGAGGGGAGGCAUCGACUGUGUGUUUGGAUGGAAUGACCUGUCCUGGAGUCUGGACUGCUCUGAUGCAGGAUGUUACUCUGUCUGGCACAGUAACAGAGGAUCAAUACUCUCCUCCUCUGUCUCUAACAGAGUAGCAGUGUAUGUGGACUGUCCUGCUGGCACUCUGUCCUUCUACAGAGUCUCCUCUGACACUCUGAUCCACCUCCACACCUUCAGCACCACAUUCACUGAACCUCUUUAUGCUGGGUUUGGACUCUGGUCAUUUGGUUCCUCAGUGUCUCUGUGUGCAGAUGAAUACAACAGUCAACAGUCUGUUCCUGUUAUAGAAACACCUGCUUCCAUCACCUGUCCAUUUCAGGAUGCCAGAAAAUCACAGGUGAUUGAGCCUGGAAAACCUUCAUACAGGGUUGAUGACAUCAGGAUGGCUAAAUCUUCCUGUGGCGCCAGUGUAAAAGCAGACACACAGCCUGGUUUGUCAGAGGACAACACAAAACUGAUCAAGUCCAGUUUCACCCCUGAAGUGUACAGUGACUCUGCACAUAUCUUCUACAGUUUCAGGUGUCCUGGUCCAGGUGAGUUCCAGUGUACUCUGACUGGACUGGUGUUUGAUGUGAUUCAGGAGGCAGAGCUGCUGUACAAUAUCAUCCAGUGGGAUGAGAGCCUCCUACAGCCAGCCAAUAAGAUGGCUGCAGGCCCGCUGUUCAACAUUGACAGUUCAGAGGAUGCAGUCCGUCGGCUCCACCUCCCGCACUGCGAACCAAAGGAUGCUCCGUUCUCCGACUGUCUGUCUGUCGUCCACAUCUCUGAUGAUGGAAUGGACGUCCUCAAGCCCCUAAAGAUCACAGACACUCAUGUGAUUGUGGAGGUUCCUCACCUCUCUGCCCUCGGACUUGUCUGGGACACUGUGUCGAAGUUCUGGAACAAGAAGAAACCUGUUUCGGGCCAGGUUUUGCUGUUCCUCCGACCACCAAACCGCAGAACACAGAAGCAAAAGCUCAAUGUGUUUCUCCUGCCAAGCAGCAUCCGAGUGGAAGAGGUGAGCAUGAAACACAGAUAUUCUGACUACAUCCCGGCACCUUCCAACUGUGAACUCAUCCUAGAUCACAAGUACACUCUUCUGUGUCCGAUCGCCAAUAAAAUCCAGCCUACGGAGGAAAAGUUUCACUUGGACGUGGGACCAAACCUCCACCCAACGUUUGAGGUUCACCUUCCUACAGAGACAGAAGAAGUGUCGAUAACGGUCCGCGACCAGAUGACGACAGAUGUGUGGAGGCGGGACAUUGAUCUGACUGAUAUUGUCCAGAGAACAGAUAACUGGCCAAAUCGCCUCCCACCAGACAAGCGUCUGCUCUCAGUUCGGACACAGUUUGUGGAAAAAGUGUCGGGUUCGACUCUAAACCAGCUGCUGGACAGUCUGCUCCAACGAGGAAUCAUAAAUGAGGGAGAAAUGGAUUCAGCCAGAAUCAAACCCAAGGCUGACCGAGCUCGAGACGUGAUCGAUGUGGUUCGAAACAAAGGAGCAGAAGCCAGCAAUUCCCUAAUUAAUGACCUGCGUGAGUUGGAUCCAUACCUGUCUGAAACCCUGCACCUGAGCUUCAGUCACUCACCUCGAAGGUGAGAGCCUGCCCACUGCAUCAUCAGUGGUUCAUUCACCCACAGAUGCCUGAAGUCACCGAGUGUCACGGACCUUCUGUGGUCUCUGGACGACAUGUCGCUGUGAAUCACUUCCUGUGUGGACGACAUGGUGUGUGACUGUACCCUCAUGAUGGCAGCUACAUUCACAGGUGCUGAAACACGAGGAACGCUGCUUUACUCUGGCAUAGCCUUACUGAUGACAUCACACUGGUUGUGAAAGACAGUGAACUCUGAUUGGCUGAGGACCAAAUGUAGUUUGAAUGUUGAACUUUAAACUCAUUUUUAUAUUUUAUUGUAUAAAAAUGUUUAAAUAGUCCUUUUAAUUUUCUCACUUUUAUACUGAUUUAUAGAUUUUAUUAUUGCUUUUUCACCACAGUGAAAUAAAUCCAUUUCAUGGUGAGAAACAGCAAGCCUAUCAGAAGCUCAGUAAUGAAUCUACCAAGCUGGCUGGUCUACAGCAGUGAUGUUCUGUCUCAUUACCGUCCUCUGGUUUAGUUCACAGACUGUCUUUGACUUAAUUAUGUCGCUCUUUGUGAUUUUCAGGUUAAAUUUUAUGCUUCAUGAGUAAAUGGACUAGUUCUUCUCUGAGCCCUCAAAGCGCUUGUACAACUCGUUUACAUUCACUUCCAUAAAUAAGUGCUUUUAUUGUCCAACAUUCACACACACAUUCAUACUCUAAUGGUUGAGUUGGAGAGCAACUUGGGGUUCAGUAUCUUGUCCAAGGGUACUUUGGUAUGCAGCCCAGAGCAGCCAGGAAUCGAACCACCAACCUUCCAAUUAGUAGGUGACCUGCUCUACCUCCUGAGCCACAGCCACCCCUAAUGACUCCAAGAACCAAGCAGAUGGUUCUGCUUUCACAAUACGAGCCAAGUUAAAGUGCAGAUAUUCUCGUCUGUUUCCUAAACCAUUAAAAUUGUUCGGAGGUGACUUUGUGGUGUCUGUACUGCUCUGCUAAACUAUAUAUGCAUAUAUGGUCUCUUUCUCUUAGGCUUUAUUAAUUUGUGUAAAAUAAGUAACACGAGCUUGAACAUGAAGGCUUGGCCUCAGCUCAAAGAAAGAAGAAUGCAGAGGGCCUCUUGCAGGUCUCUGGCCUUCCAUAAAAGGGAAUGACCUUACAUACAUGCAGGAAACAAGCUAUACCUGGUUCUCCAUAAAAUACUAUAUGUGGUACAAGGUCAAAGGUCAAGAAUGUGGGUGCUGACUAUAUAACUCUUGCCAGUCCCUUUGUCUCAUGAGCUAGGGCGAUUAGAGACUUACCCUCUCCCAGGUCGCAAAGGAAAGCGCCUGUUUUGACACUGUCUGUUUCUUUGCAAU